CGCCGUGUAGGGGCGGGGCCUAUACACAAAUGAACCGUAACGACGCAGAGUGGGCGGAGUCUUUACCGUGGUGUCCCUCCAGGCGUGACGGGGUUAAAUGGCUAACAGGAAGGGGCGGGGCCUGUCAGAAGCCGGUGUACUGCGGGGCUGGUUCCUCUUCUGAAGUGUCGGUGACAUUACCUCAGGACCAUGGCGGAAGAGGGCGGACCGGUGGAUAUUGAUGGCAGCAUUAUGGAGGGGGGAGGUCAGAUCCUGCGGAUCUGCACUGCUCUGAGCUGUCUGCUGGGGAAAAGAAUCCGAGUGGCGAAGAUCCGAGCGGGGAGAAGCACGCCGGGCCUAAGGCCACAACAUCUAUCAGGACUGGAGACGGUUCGAGACUUGUGCGCCGGCCAAUUGGAAAACGCUGCAGUGGGAUCUACAGAAAUAGAUUUCACCCCCGGAAGAAUAAAAGGGGGAUGUCUGACGGCUGACACCAAGACUGCCGGGAGCGUGUGCUUGUUACUCCAAGUCUCUCUUCCCUGCCUCCUGUUUGCCGAAACGCCUUCUGAACUGAUCUUUAAAGGGGGCACCAACGCAGAGAUGGCCCCGCAGAUCGACUAUACCACCAUGGUUUUUAGGCCAAUUGCUGAACAUUUCUCCUUUAAAUUAGAUUGUGACAUCAGGAGAAGGGGCUACUACCCUCGCGGUGGAGGAGAAAUCUUAGUCAGGGUUUCCCCUGUUAAGUACCUGAAGCCAAUUACUUUGACAGAUCGAGGAUCCAUCGUAAAGAUCUACGGACGGGCGUUUGUGGCUGGAGUUCUCCCAUACAAGAUGGUGAAGGACAUGAUCUCGGCUGCGGUUCGCUGUAUACGACGGGAGCUCAGAGAUCUCUAUGUGAAUAUCCAAGGGGUUCAAGAAUCUGGAGACAAGGCUGUAGGAAAUGGUAGUGGGAUCAUAAUUGUCGCGGAGACGUCAACGGGAUGUUUAUUCGCAGGAUCGUCUCUGGGAAGGAAAGGCGUCCCUUCGGAUCGCGUCGGUGCAGAAGCUGCAGAAAUCCUUCUCCGAAACAUUCGUCAUGGGGGCUGCGUGGAUGAAUAUUUACAGGACCAGUUGAUUAUCUUUAUGGCCCUGGCAGAUGGGGUCUCACAGAUCAAGACCGGACCCCUGACCAUGCAUACACAGACGGCCAUCCACUUUGUAGAACUGCUUACCAAGGCCAAGUUUACAGUGACAAAAUGUGAGGAGCCGGGCACAGACAGCUUCAUCAUUGAGUGCCAGGGGAUUGGCCUCCAGAAUAAGAACGUCUGACAAUCCUAGAAGACUGCGAGAGAAGCGACGUCUCCGGGACACUGCAUGCAGUGAACGCAGCAUGACACUAGGGGGCGCUGCGCAACAAGGGCUGCAUCACCACUUUUUACAGCUUUACAUUCUGGGUCUGCCUGAGAAGGGAUCAGGCGGAUUGUGUGCAUGAAACCGAGUUUAAGUUAAUAUUUUAUUGCUGAGUGAAUGACCUACGUGCCAUGUCUACGAAUAAACAUCAAUGUGAUGCUGCA